AUGGCUGUAAGAACAUGCGGAUGGCUUGCUCUUUUGGUCAUUCUAUCUUACGUCCCUUCGCCGAUCGCGGAAGAAGUUAAACUUGGUCUUUUAAUCCCUUUCAAAAGCGCUGGUCGAAUCGGGAACUAUUUCCAUCGAGGCGAGUUCUUUGCCUCCGCCAUGAGUAUCGCAGUAGAUGAUAUCAACCGAAGGCCUGACCUUCUUCCUGGUAUAAAUGUCACUUUCAUCUGGAACGACACCGGCUGCGAAGAGCUUAAAACGCUGCAGUCCGUAGUAUAUCAAAUGAAUCAAGGCGUUACGGCAUUUAUCGGCCCGGGAUGUAGCUGUAACACUUCUGCCAGGCUGGCUGCAUCAUUCAGUAAGACCAUGAUAUCAUAUGUAAGUAGCCCAUUUUACAAGUUGGGUAAUUAUGAUCUGAAUGUCUACUUCUGUUAAUGCCCACUUGAAACAUCAUUUGCUUAUUUCGUGUUUAUAUAUAUUAUGCGGGAUCGCGUUCAAAAGAAGAAAAUAUUACAAAGUCUACAUAGUUAGUACCGGUUUAGUUCAAAUCAUGUUUAUCUUUAAAGGAGAAAAUUGAGUAGAACAGUUUCUUACUGGGCAAAUUGCGCAUUUUUUUACUUUCACGAAGUUUUUGGCUGGUUUGCUUUUGGUAAUGCUGCGAAUCGAUCGAAAUAAGAUCGAAAAAAACAAAUUUGAAAAUUACUCAAACGUUUGAUUAAAGUAGGCCCAUUAAUUUCUGCCGUUAAUUACAAUUUGUCUUCUUUUUUAAUCAUGGGACAGAGAUGUUAACUAUAUAAACAAGCAUGUCCAUGCUAGUCAAGGAAAACUUGCGUUUAAUUAAUCGUUCUUGGUUUUUAAGAUAAAUUUGAAAAUGAGAGUGGGUCUAAUAAAAAGUACCUUCACCGGUAAAAGCUGUCAUAUAAUUGACAUAUCCUCGUCUCGUCGCUAAGUUGAAUCGUCUCAAUUUUCAGACGCACAAGAUUGUUUUUCAUAACAACAAUGAAUAUGUCAUACAAGACUAUGAAAUGAUAGAAAAACGCCGCCGUGUGAGAUGAAAACACCUGGAUUUUUUUCAUUAUGAAUAAUUUUAUAAGCAGCAUUUUGUCGCUGUUUGUCUUAAGAAAAAUACUUCUGUAUUUUAUCAGAAAAAUCGAAAGUGUUCAAUAUCAGAUUCGAAUUCAGAAUAUAUUCACCGUCUCUCGACAGUUCUUUUUAUGGAGGUGAUCCAAUAUCAUGUUUGACUUGUCGCUCGUUAACUGAGGAUGUAUUUUCAUUACAAAAACUGACGUCUCUCAUAAAUGUUCUUCUCUGUUAUUUAAUCUGGGAAACGCAAAUUCGAAGCUAUGUUGUUUUGUUUAUGUGAUCCACUCAAACACUAAAAUGACAGUUUUCACAUUAAACCUGUGAAUUUUACCUAUUACCAAUUGUUGUAUAAUAUAUGAUGGUAAACUGAUUAUCAGGUUUUUUUUCUACUGGUUUUUUUCUUACAACUUUGCGCAAUCUUAUUUCCUCCAUUUCUCAAUCGUUAAAAGAUGGUGGUGAGGUGAGACAAUUAAAAACAAUGUCAAAAGAGUUGUAACGCUUAGUAAAGUGAAUUGCUCGAACUCAGGAGUAAUAAUGGGUCGUAUAGUCUGAUUAUCCGCGUGGGAGUAGUGCCGAAUAGCAGUUGCAGCGACUGUGUUUCGACAACCUUAGCGGAAAUCAUUGUCAGACUCUGAUGAUGACUUCCGCUCACGGUGUCAAAACAUCGGUCGUUGUUUGAUACCGGGGAAAGUCCUCCAUAGGACCACUGUCACCCGUGCGAUCAGACUACACGACUAAAGCAUGCCUUAUCACAAACUAAUAUGAUACUAUCUUCGGGAGAUUACCGAGAGUCGAAUUGUUUAACGCUUCUGGCGAUUUUGUCGCCGAGCGAGAACCAGGAUCUUGUCCUUGCUCCGGUUCUUCGAAGCGUGGAUAAUGAUAUCCAGUGGAUAGCACAGUAAGUCUUGUUGACCCAUCUGGCCCCGGUUGUUCGAAGAUGGGAUAACGCUAUCCAUUGAAUAAAUCUCUAUCUGGCGGAUAACGCUAUACGUUUUGCUAUCACUUAUCCGCUGGAUAGCGAUUUAUUUGUUGGAUAGCGUUAUCCACCCUUUAUUCAACUGGGCCCUGAUGAAUGACGAUUUAUCCGUUGGAUGGCGUUGUCCGUCCUUCUAAUAACUGGGCCCUGGUUUCCACAAGUUUCCGACUUUUUGUCCUCGAUUUCAUCCAACAGAUGUGUGGCAAUCCUGAUGUUUCGUACAAGAAGUUGUAUCCGACCUUUAUUCGAACGUUUGCUGUUGACACUAAACUCACACCAAGUCUACUGUCACUGCUCAAUUACUUCAACUGGAAGAGAGUGGCGAUUAUCUACGAAAACGUAACGAAAUGGAUCGAAAUGAAAGAUAACUUGGCCACACGAUUGAGAGCGAAAGGAAUAACUGUAGCUCUGGAACUGCUUACGCAUCAUUCAGCGAUGUACAGGCCUAAAAACCAUUCAGACAAUUACAGAGAAAUUAUGAGAAAGGUCAAAGAAGAAGCUCGAAGUACGUAACAAGUUUCGUAGAUUAUUGCAAUAAAGAUUUCAACUUAGGUUCAAAUGUUCCCGCCUGUCUCAUCCCAAAUAACCACCACUAUAUAAUUAAAAUUACGUGUAAGCCAACUUUAUAAGGUUGUAUAUCUAUCUAAUAUGUCCCCAAACAGGAGGUUCCACUGCACUGCCAUUGCUCUCAGAAAUACUGUUCCUUCAUUAGCCCGACCAUCAUAACCACUGCUUCCAGCAGUAAUUUUGCCAUUAAAAACUGUCUAGCCUAACCCAAAUGCUUCUCUUCUAGUUGUGGUUUUUGUGUCCGAUUUCCACAUAGCCAGGGAAGGAAUGCUUCACGCAUAUGAUGAAGACAUGAUAAAUGGCGAUUACGUUUUUAUAAUGUUUGAACUGGAUCAAGCUCAGAUGGCAAUGUACACCGGAAUGCCUUUCAAGUGGUUUUUCAGCAGCCAUAGGGAAACUUUGAAUAGAUAUGAACAUUUGCAGAAAGCCUUUGAAACUGUUUUUGUCCUGGCCAUAAAAAGUCCUACGUCCAAAAGCUACACCAGCUUUGCAGAGGAGUUAAAACGCCGUUCCCCUGACCCCCCGUUUAACAGCGAAGUAUACGAAGGCUAUCUGUGGGAGGACAAUACAAGCUUCCCUGCAAACAAAACUCGGGUAAGCGAAUGAUGAUGAUGUUAUGCUUAACGACUUUUAAUUUACAGCUUAUUGCUUUAUAAGCCGGCAGAUACAGCCGGCUCCUGAUUAUCGCGCUCAGGUUGUGUCGUAUUUUGUGCGAAAAGUGACUCAUGUUUACGUAGUCCUCCUCUUAAUCUACCCAGGGCACUAACAUUCUGUUUUAAGAAACAGACAAAUUUCUGGUGGUAUCUGCGAUGCACUGGCUUUGAGCAGUAACUAUCAUACCGCAACAUCGAAAAUAAUUUUAUAUUUGAGUGUGAGGGCCCCGUUUGUUUUCACCUAAUAGUUGGUUUAUGGCCUCAGUAUAUAACAAUCAACAAAUUCUCUUAUGAGUUCUUACGCAACUUUGAACCACGAGUUUUUCUUUUGACCUAGAAUUGUCAUGACAGUAUUUUUUUUUUGCUCUUCAGCCACCAAUUUACGGAGCUUAUCUUUACGAUGCCGUGUACCAGUACGCGAUUGCGCUCAACAAAACAUUGGCAAAGAAGGAACCUUUGACAGGAAAGAACAUUGCAAACAAGUUGCAUGAUAUCCAAUACGACAGUAAGUUGCUUUCCUGAGUUUUAUUUUUGCAUCGUUAUUUUCUAAGUUGCUGGGAGAUGCGGUGGUUAGUGCAUUGCACUGUGGGUUGACUGAGUCCGGGAUCGAGACUUGGCUUAAUUAAUGUGUUGUGUUUUUGGGCAAAAUACUCUACUCUCUCCACCAGGAGUAUAGAUGAGUAGCGAAGAAUUGUCAGGGCCGCCUAAUGAAAUGCUGGGAGUGUCCUUGCGAUAGGCUAGCAACCCAUUCAGGGGCAGGGGAAGUAGUAAUACUCCUAGUCUCUUCAUGUUAAGGAAACUGGAAUAAGCUCCAGCUGGUUGGGCCACUGGGCUCGAGAACAGACUUAAUAAGUUGGGGUUAACGAUCUAAUUUGUAUGUUACUAGCAGAUGGAUAUUUUAUGAUGUUUUGCCGUUUUUAUGGUGGCUUGUUUUAUCUAAAAGAUGAUCGAGGCAUUUUCAUAGAUUCAGCGGAGAUUUGUUUUACCCAACCUCUCAGCCAAAACAGGCUGUUAUAUUACACAGACGAUCCCUUGCAACCUCCUCGAAUAGAAUUCGCUUCGGAUACGAACUGUAAGAAAAGAGUUGUAAACAACUACGUUGUAGGGAUCUCGAAGUGGUAAUGGGGCUCGCCUUACACCAAUCUGGCCCGGAUUCGAACCCUUAAACUGACGUCUUGUCUCGACUCACUGUAGGUUCAGCUUUGCUAUUGAUUCUCUUCCUUACUUUAAGGGCCAGUUCCUCCUUUCCAAAACUGGACACUCCAAAUUGCUGAGUUCAGUGGAAUGGAGCUAUGUGUGCCACUUCUACCUGGCGUUUACUAUUUACUUUAUAUUUUCUUUUUCAGGCAUACUUGGAUACAAGAUUCAUUUUGAUGUAAAUGGAGAUGCCGAGUUCAACUUAACGUUACUGGAUAUGCAAGGUUGGUGAUCUUCCUCCGUCCUUAUACCAACAACGUAAAGCAUCAUUCACAAUUUGCGAACCUGGGUGUAAAGCAAAAAAAUCACAUCAUUAUGUCAGGUUUGCCAAAACGUUUGCAGAAACGAUAGCAAAAAACGAUACGUAGAGGCUCAUCUUUUCUCGUUCAGGAGUCUUUAAAGUAUCUUUUAGGGCAAUAAUUUCUUCGACGAUGUCAUUAUAUAUGUCCCGGCUCCCAUGUUCUUUUAAGAUAUAGAUUCUGUGAGUUUUCAAUAACGUUGGAAAGCUAGUCAGUUUACUUCUCUCUUUUGGAAACGAAUUGCACCGUGUUCGCCCCCUAUCGAGUUCGCCCCUUCGAGUUCGCCCCUACCUUAUGCCGUGUUCGCCCCCACACUUUUCGAGUUCGACCCCAUCAAAUCGAGUUCGCCCCUUGAUUGAGUGAUAUCCAGAUGAGUUGAUUUGUGACGAAGGCACUAGCAGAAUGUGUCAAAUGUUACGUCAGCGACAACCAUUUUGAAUUUCGGCAAUUGCGUGGAACCUGCUUGGGAACUGGGUUGACUGAAUGAACUUGUGAUAAAGAGAACCACACGUUUGAUCGUAACAACCAGACUUGAGAAGAUGCAAACCACGCUUUCAUCGCGGCAGCAUUGCUUAAGUUGUUAGACUUGUACCCGUUCAUUAAGGCUGAAGAAUUUACUCAUCAACUUACGAAUCAACUCAUCUGGAUAUCCCUCAAUCAAGGGGCGAAUUCGACUUGAUGGGGUCGAACUCGAAAAGUGUGGGGGCGAACACAGUAUGAGGUAGGGGCGAACUCGAAGGGGCGAACUCGAUAGGGGGCGAAAGCGUUGGAUACCUUUGGAAACACAGAACGAUUUUUUGUCUUAGAAGAGGAGACUUAUUUUCGUCUUUCCUCUCUCCAUUCCUCCUUAACGGUGGAACUAUACUGCAAGGACUUUGAAUGUUUCUAAAUAUCUGUAAAGAUUUGCAUGGGUCAAGCUAUAAUUACUGCUGUUGGUAUCCGUUUUACGAACGAUAUUCCACAAACUUUAAUUUCACGUUUCUUUUCCUCCUAGUUGUUAAAGGCAAGGGAAGCAUGAUUCCAGUUGGGGAUUUCCAAAUCAAGUUCGAUAAUGCAACGAAAGGAGGAGAACAGGUUUUUAUUCGACGGCCAAACGCUACCAUAAAAUGGCCUGGUGGAAAGGGGCCCCCAGAGGACUCUCCUAAGUGCGGCUUUCAUGGAGAAUUGUGUAAUAAACCCGAGAAAGGAGGUAUUUGUUUCCAUACAUAAAUAUUUUUUCAGUUAUAAUGAGGAUUACCACACCAUCUACCUGUUUAAAGGUAAAAUAACAUUAGCACUCGAGGCCAGUGGACCACACAAACUACUGCUGUAAUAAAAUGACUUUGAAAUGUUUUUGAUUGUUUGUAAGUUACUGUGCGAGUUUUCAAGAAAUGUUGCGGUUCAUUUUGGUCCAUGCUGCGACAUGAGGCUGAAUUCGUUAAAGCCUUGCCCUAAAAUUUUGUCACUUCUUUCAUUAGAUGCCAAGACGAAAAUAAUUGCCGGAGUGUCAGGAGCACUUGCCCUCCUAUCGCUGCUCUUACUCCUUAACAUCUACAGGUAACUUACUUUGCUUAUUGACCCAAGAUCUAAUCAGCCCCUCUUCCGACCAGCUGCAGUACAUUUCGUGCUAGUUUACCUACGUUCUUAUCUCUUAACCCGUUUGAUGGAUAAAUUUCUGACAUGUGAGGAGCAGUUACAUGCUUACCAUCUAAUGAUAUAUUCAUCUCAUUAGACGUUUUAGGGUAUAGUAUCGCUGAGUAUUACUGAGUGCAGACUCAAGAGCAGUGACGUGAAAAGACAUACGGUUAAAGAUCGUGGGACAGUUUUUUGUUUGUUUGUAAAUCUUUCUGAGGAGGGCAAGUUGACUCAUCCAAACUUUUACCGUCUUGCAGGCAAUACAGGCUUGAGCGUGAACUAAAAAGUCUGCUCUGGAAGGUCGACUACAAUGAGAUCUGUUUUGAGAAGAAAAGGAAUUCCAUUUCGUCCUUUGGAAGCUGUGUGGUAGGCGUCAACGAUAUCAUCCAAUUACGUUUGUUUUCUAUUUUAAAACUAGCAAAGUGCUUACGAAUGUCAAUGUUUAUCUUGCUCCAUCCAUUUUUCAGGCCUCAAGCCAAUUGGUCACUCAUUCAUCCCCUCAGUCCUUCGAUCAGUCAGUCAGUCAGUCAGUCAGUGAGACAGUCAGACAGUCAGUCAUUGGCUUAGACGAAGGGCAUACGCUAGAAAUGUUAGCUUAAAAACUCUGUACGGUGGCCAAUUUACACGAUCAACUCAGUGGAUAAAACCAAAUUAUUCAGUCUUUCAGUCAGUCAGUUAUUCAGUCUUCCAGUCUUUUAGUCUUUCAAUCAUUCGGUCUUUGAGUUUUUCAGUCUUUCAGUUUUCCAGUCUUGCAGUCUCGCACUCUUUCAGUCCUGCAGUCUUUCAGUCUUGCAGUAUUUCAGUCUUUCAGUUUUCCAGCCUUUCAGUCUUUCAGUCUUGCAGUCUUGCAGUCUUGCAGUCUUGCAGUCUUGCAGUCUUGCAGUCUUGCAGUCUUGCAGUCUUGCAGUCUUGCAGUCUUGCAGUCUUGCAGUCUUUCAGUCUUUCAGUCUUUCAGUCUUUCAGUCUUUCAGUCUUUCAGUCUUUCAGUCUUUCAGUUUUCCAGUCUUUCAGUCUUCCAGUUCUUCAGUCUUUUAGUCUUUCAAUCAUUCAGUCUUUCAGUCAUUCAAUCUUAAGUCGCUUACCUCCUUCCAUUUUACUUGCACAGAAGGAAAACGAUCCUGAUAUGUUUGAACCCCUCCUCGAAGAUGACGAUGAGGUUUUAAAGGUCACCGCUGUCGGAGUUUACAAGGUAUUUUAUUCUCACUUCUAACCUGUACGUACAUUCGUGUUGAGUUGGUAACAAAUUAUAAGACAUCGACCGAUCAAGUAACACAGGUGUUUCACUAUUCCUCUCUUUUUCUUUUAGGGAAACCUUGUUGCAGUCAAACGCUUGGCCAAGAAAAAUAUAGAUCUCACGAGAACUGUGUUAAUGGAACUAAAACAGGUACUUACCAUAAUACACAAAUAAUAAAGAGCAUCCCAUUGGAAAAUCGGAGUUGGCAGCUGGAGUGCGACUCUCGACCUUAAACUAAGAUCGUUCUUCAUCCUACCCCCGUCUCUUUUGCCGGUCAUCAUCCUCAGGCCUUUUUUUAACCUCUUGACCCCCAAGAUCUCAAAAUCACGUGUCGUUUUUGGUUGUCAAACAUUUCUUGUAAUUGUAGCUUUAGUAAAUUGGGUGUUUAAUCAAGGUAUGUCACGAAGUUUAUCUUCCUGUUUUUUUUUCUCAUCACCUUUUCUAUUAACAAUUUAUAUUGAUUUUGUGAGGAUGAAUUCUUCUUUUGUCACCACUUGGAGCAAUGUGGUCUACAGGGUAUCCGGAAUUACCCCCGUAAUGAUAAUGAUAUCCAUAUCCACAUCUUUUACACGAGAGUGCAAGUGUAGCUGGCGGGAAGUGGAAGGUCGAAGAACUUUCCAACAACAGCUAUUAAACAUACCACAAAUUUGCGGAAGAAAUAAAGCGAACGGGUCGAAAGGUGGGAGCGAAUUUGUUUCACUGCAUCAAGCAAACUCGGAAAGAUGGCUAGGCCAAUUUGCUAUGGCCCGAAAACCUCCAAAUACAAGGCGAUGACCUGUUUUCUGACAGUGAAUUCGUCUGGUCGUGUUUCUUUUAGAUGCGCGACCUGAGGCAUGACAAUCUAAAUCCAUUCAUCGGCGCAUGCGUAGAUCCACCAAACAUCUGCAUCAUUUCGCAGUACUGCUCCAAGGGGAGCCUUCAGGUAAGUUAUCCUAUAGUUACAACACUGAACACUAGAGGAAAGAGAGAUUGCAUUGGUUUUACAUUUACACAUUAGUGAGUUCUUUCAAGUUGUGCGAAUCUUGACGAACGAAACAUUUACUAAUAGAACCUCUUAGAUACAAAGUUUAAUUACGUGCUGAAAUUUUCAAUUACAUGCUAACAAUCCUCUAUAUUGAAGGACGUGAAGGACAUUCAAUAAAAGGAAAAGGAAUCAGCACAUGAGCUACUUGCACAUGAACGAUUAUUUUGUAUUACUUACUCGCUAUGCUAUUUUUAUUCUUCGCAACAUAGGAUAUUUUGGAAAACGAGGAUGUCAAGUUGGAUCAUAUGUUCAUAGCUUCACUUGUUUCUGACAUAGUUAAGGUAAGGUCAAACAUUGGAUAUUCAUUUCACAAAAUUCCUGAUUGAUUCCGGCUUAAUGUGAUUCUGGUAAAUGUGCUGCAGAACCACAAUAAACAGUUCAGCCGUUUAUUGGAAACAAAUCACCAGUUUCUCUUACAGUGCCCUUAUUUCAUACAAUAUGAGUCCACGCUGUCUUUCAACCUCCUUUUUUUCUUUUUCUUUCCAGGGGAUGUGUUUUAUCCAGAGCACAGAUAUCAAGUCACAUGGUGAUCUUAAAUCACCCAACUGCUUGGUGGAUAGCCGCUGGGUGUUAAAAAUUGCAGAUUACGGGCUCCCAACCUUUAAGGAAAAGCAAAGAAAAACGUACCCGUCGGAGUAUGCGUACUACAGAGGUAGGUGUAAGAUAAUCACCUUUGGGGCCUUGGCAUCUCGCACUUUUUGUUAUCUCUCUCCGUGUACCGGUCUAAUAUUUCCCCGGUCGUCUUUAACCCUGAUUUUAUCUCCCUAAAGGUUAGAGGUUUGAGAAAAUAACUGUCAAGUGACAGUAAAGACUCCUUUCGAAGUGCAAUAUUUUUCUGAUUUUAGAUCUUCUAUGGGUUGCGCCGGAGAUUUUACGCCUUCCAAAUCGUCCUGCUAGAGGAACGCAGAAGGGCGAUGUCUACAGCUUUGCAAUCAUUUUGCAAGAGUUCCAUACAAGGGAAGGUCCCUACAGUUCCAGCUAUAUGGAUCCCAAGGGUAGGAAAAUGGUGUUCCAGUGUUUUCACUGCUGAAUUUAUUUUCUGUAAAGUCGUUGAAUCUUCCUCAGGGACGUUUCUACUCUAGGGACAUCUCCAUUCAAGGAACACAGACGCCGAGCCCCUUUAAAAAUAUUUUCUACAGUCUUAUGUAUCUGUUAAAUUUGUUGAGGAUACACCUAUAUUUAAGGAAAAUCUCCAUUCGAGGAACACAAACUUUAGGCCCAACUGAAAAAGUUCUUACAAUUUUUUUUUAUCUUAUCUUUGUUGAAGGAACACCUCAGUCUACUUAGGCGGGGGCCUGAUCUACUUUAGAAGACGUAUACUAACGGAGGGCUACUCUAAACUUGUGGUUGAUUUUUUUUCCUACUGCUUCCAGACAUUGUAAGCCGGGUACAGAACGGAGAAUUUCCGCCUUUCCGCCCGACUGUAUCAGAGCUGAUCACCGGAGUGGAAGAAAUCCGGGAACUGAUGAAACAGUGUUGGGAAGAAAGUCCAGACUUAAGGCCAGACUUCCACGAAAUCAAGAAGAUUAUGAACAAGAUUUUAACCAACAACGGAAUGUAUGUAGACUUCUACCUACUUGCUCCCCUUGAUCAAUCAAUCAUUAACUUUCCACGAGAAAAAAAUUGUGAUAACCUUGACUUUAGUAGAUUAUUUCUGAGUUGAAAAUGGUGCAUUUCAAUUAUUUCUUUUAAAACUAAUACCAUUAAAAAACAAAUUAAACCAAGUAGUAACAGCGAGUAUCAAAUAUCGUUUGGAAUUACAUGAUAACAUUUACAUUUACAUGAAGCGUAGAAAAACUCACUUCCAUGUGAGAACUUUGUUCCUUUUUACCCGUUAAAUACAAUGUGAGUCACUUCAGCCUUUGGGAUUGCUCUGAUUUGUUAAGCACGAAUACUAGAGGUUGAUGUGGUUUUGAUGUUUCUCCCCAAUAAAGGAAAACAAACAUUUUUGACAACGUUGUUUAUAUGAUGGAAAAGUACGCUGAUAACUUGGAAGAACUGGUGAUUGAACGAACUGGUCAGUUGAUCGAAGAAAAGAAGAAGACUGACGCUCUGUUGGAAAGAAUGUUGCCAAGGUAUGGACAAUUAGUGUUUUUCUACCUUCGGGCUGUGAAAUAUCAAUCUGUCAUCACUGGUCGGUCCUUCAGCUCAGCAUGCAAACGGCCUGCCAUGUACACAGCUUUACAAGCAUACUGUCAGUUAGGCUUGAAGCUUGCCAUUCAUAUCAUCAGUUUGGCAUAUUGCUCGGCAUGCAAACUGUCAGUUAGGCAUUCAGUAUGGCAUACCUACUAUCUUUUCUUUCUCUGCAGGCCUGUUGCAGAGCAGCUCAAGAGAGGCAAAGCGGUAGAGGCGGAAAGUUUCCAUGAAGUCUCGAUUUACUUUAGUGACAUUGUUGGAUUCACUGAGCUCUCUGCAGAAAGUACUCCUCUACAGGUUGACAUUUAAGUGUUAGAUAAUUAAUCAUUGAUUAUCACUAUGUUAAUAGGAAUUUUACGGUUUCAAGUUUCAAUACAUAGAGAAAAAUUGCCCCCCGAGACAGAGAUGUGUACAACUUUCUGUAGAGAGUACUCUCACCUCUAUGGACGUUUUUUUACCAAAUUUGAAUUGAUUAUUGCUUUUAUAGAAAUAUAAUCCCCUUUAUUAAUUAUCUUUAUUUUACUUAUUUUUUUCAACGCAGACACUGCAAUACUAGCCUUUAAGUUUACACUACUGACAAAUUAAAUCAGUUACAUACAUACCUCUUUAUUAUUGUUCCACAUUCUAUUUCAGUGGUAAGUUAGAAAAUAAGAUCCUUUUUCUGGAGAUCAUAUUCUUUACAAACUUUUCCCCUGGUAUUCCUCUACAAAAGCACAGUUAAUUUUUUUUCUUCUUAAAGGUUGUUACUCUUUUGAAUGACUUGUACACUCUAUUUGAUGACAUCAUAAGUGAAUAUGACGUUUACAAGGUGAGGUUUGCUAGUUAUUAUACCUAUAAACCCGAACUGUCGUUCGUCUGAUAGUCUUACUUCCUCGCCCCCUUGAAUGGACCACCGCUCAAAACGUGAGCUUCUCAAAAUUCAUGAGCAAAUUUAUGACUUUCUGUAGAGACUAUCUUCCUCAAAAUCAAAGACGCAAUAUGUUAAAGGUUGUUACACCUUAACUGAAAAGGAUGGCAUUUUCAUUCGUUGAAAGGACACUCUACUUAGUACACCAGCUUUUCAAAAGUCACGGGUAAACUUAACCAAUAUCAUCAACUGAAUUAUUCACUGACCAAGGACGCAGCGAAAAAAUUAUUUAGAAUGUAAUAACUGUGCAUCAUCGCGUUUAGAAUAAUAUACUUUAAGGAGGUUGGACGUAAAGUUUAAAGUUCGUGAUUUAAUUGUAAAUUGAGCCAUUCUUCUCAGCUGUACAAUCUUACGAUUCAAUGCUUCAAAUCGGGCAAGGUUCAUCUUCCACCUUUAUAAAACUAAUCUUCUAUCUUACUAAUAUACUCAUGCGCUAAAAAAGACCUAACUUCCAAUCAUCUCCAACAUAUCUAAACUUUAUUUAACAGUGAAAAAGAUCAUGGAAAAGUAAUAUCGAAGCUUAAAUGUCACACGGAUAACAAAUUAUGUAACAUUAAUAUUACUAACCUUUAUGAAAAAACCUUUGAUUUUUAAUCUAAAUAAGUUUUUACUUAUUAAAAGCCUCUUUAUACUUUUGAAGGAAGUUUAUAACGCAUCUGUGGGUCAAAUUUUUUCUUGCGCAAAAAAUUUUGUUAAGUUACGUAAAAGCUAACGUUGACUAUUAAAUUCUGCAUAAAGUUACUUCAUGCGCCUUCUUAAACUGACGAUUAGCGACAAAAUAACAUUAUUUGCAGAGGUAGCCUCAUUGCCUUGACGUUUAUUCCGUUGCUUUUUAUUUAUGACCCGAAAAAUAUUACUUAGUCUCCAGUUUUCCGAAAUAAAUGACAAAGAUACAGUAACUGCUUUUCUUUGAUCAUGAAUUUUAAAAUGGGGAUAUUCUGUUAAGAGAAUAAUCCAACGACGUUUUCCUUCAACUUUUUAAAACUGUAAUUGUUGUUUUGUAAAUAUGCAAGUGGCUCAAAAAGAAAUUAAAUUUCGCACGUCUCUAUUCUUUCCUGCCGAAUGUUAAAAUAAAACAGUAAUAACCGUAAAUUUUCACAAUAAACAUUAAACGUGGAAGGUCCGUUCAACCUCCAAUUUUAGUGCCGUUGUUUGCUUGUACUCUAGUGCGCUCCUUCUGCCCGGCAGGUGGAGACAAUUGGUGACGCUUACAUGGUUGUGUCAGGGCUACCCAUCAGAAAUGGCCAUCAACACGCUGGUGAGAUUGCGCGCAUGGCGUUGCACUUGAUUGAGGCUGUGAAGAAAGACUUUACAGUUCGUCACAAGAGUGAUUACAAACUUAAACUACGUGUUGGAAUUCACAGUGGUAAGUGCAAGCGAUGUUUAGAGGUGUUCUUGAUAACAAAUGAUCAUCAAUGAUCUGCCUUUUCAUUGGCCGAAAGCCUCCAAAGUGAGCUGCAAACAAUUCGGGCUACAAAAUAUAAGAAUCUCAUAUAUUAUUGAACUGCACAGAAAUGAUAUUGCGAUAGUCACGCUUAAUCGUGUUCACGCUUAUCAAUGGUAAGGGCAGAUCACUUUCCUCUACGCAUAUACAAUACCUUUUGUGCACGCGAAAGUUUUCUACGCUCUUCUGUGGAUCCGGCACAUUUUCCCCUUCCCUCUCCCCUUCCCCUUCCGUAAGCACUGGAUAUAUGGCUAUGUACCCCCAUACAGGGAAAGGCUUUGGUGUGGUCUUGAACGAGUAAAAAGUUAUUUACAUAUGAAGUAUUUCGACCUUUUCUUUUCUCUGAACUAAAAAAAUUAUAUAAGCUGUAAAUGUUUGCUUAAGGUGUUCAAUAUGGGUGGUACUUAUUCAAAAUAUUCUGUCUAAAUAUUGGCUACGUCGUUAUACCACAAUCUAUAUUUUGAACGGGCUAGCGAUGUAAAAUUAAUUUGUCUUGUACGGGAGUAGGGUUUUAAUGACUUACGGCACAGCCCCCACCAAAACUCUCCGUGUGAUGUUUAACCCUUUCUCCCAUGGAAGACAAAAUUUCUCUUCACAAUAUCGUUUCAAUAUCAAGUGCGCAAGUGAUGAGAAUAGAGAAAAUAUCAUUUUGGGGGAUUAUUAGUUGAUUAAAUACCAAAUUCACCGAACUUACAUCAUAAGAAUUGUAUGGCAGACAGUAGAGAGAAAUACUGAUGAGAUCGUAGGGAGCGAAAGAGUUAACAACUUAACAUCGUUAUACAAUUUAACACCAGAUCUGAUGACCGUUUUACUUACUUAUUUGCUCACUGAUGCCUUUUUCUUAAGGUCCUGUGGUGGCAGGUGUUGUUGGAAUAACUAUGCCACGUUACUGUUUAUUUGGUGACACAGUCAACACUGCAUCUCGGAUGGAAUCAAAUGGAGAAGGUAAUUAGCACUUGGAAACGUUUUUUUAUUUCGUCACAAAAGACGCUAUUUAUGCUUUUAGCUCGUUUACUUUAACUCAUAGAGCGCAUUGCCAAAACCUAGUUCUGUUUGGUGGGAAUAAGUUAUGAAAAUAAGAUCUUUCUUGCUUCUGAGAGUUUUUUUUAUCUUUGGGUAUCAUUUUUAGUGUGUAAAACGUUCGGUUCUUUUGUUGAUAGAGUUUGUUUGUUAUGUAUAGCUCUAAGAAUUCACAUCAGCGAGGUGACAAAGAGAAUACUUGAAGCUUUGGGAGGCUUCAUAGUCGAAACUCGAGGCGAGGUAUUCCUGAAGGUGAGAAUAGUAAAAUAAAUUUAGAAACAUUUUCGAUAACCCAAUGGUUUGUUUCUCAACUUGAUAUCCUUUGACAAAACCGCCAACCAUUCAACAACAUAUGCACUUUGUUUUCGAAACUUGGGAAAGCAGGGUUUGCGAAAUGGCGGGCCUGAUUUUUAGUCUUUCUUGCCGUGUAAAUGGACUUCUUUACUAUCUUUCUAAAACCGACAUUCAUCCGGCCGAAGGAUCACGUGUUAUUACCCAACUUGAUGUUUGUCUGUCUUUCGUAACCAAAGUUUGCAUUUAAAGCGCUUUAUGUAUUUUAUUAGGGAAAGGGAAAUAUGACAACUUAUUGGCUUAUGGAUGCAGCACAGAAACCAGUCCAUAAGCCUCGGCGCCCCAUACCAAAUGGCUUCCUUACGGACUCCCCCCUCCUUUCUUUACCCGGAUUUAAAAGUACUUUGGCGGGGUCAUGCUCAUCAGUAUCCCUGGGAAUAAGACGUUCCCCGUCGCUGCGCCGUAGUCAGUUCCGUGGCUCCCAGGGGUCUCCAAUUAUGAAGAGAUGGCAGAAGAUUGAGGAUGGUCCCAAGAAUUCCCCAAGAAACAGCUUGAUUAAGACAAAUGCCAAUGCCACUCAGCAGACUAUUGUAUGAAAGCGAAAACACUCAUUUUAACUCUGCUGGGAGAUUUAACUUCCGUGUCGAGUGUGAACAUACAAGUCUAAUUUCAGAAGAAACGUUAAGAGAGAAGGAAGUGGAUAGAACUAUGCGAUAUUGUCGUAAUGACUUUCUUUCUGAGGUCCAUCUUAAGAUUAUUUGCUGUCACGAACGGGAAGUAAAAGUCACGUAUUUGUGUCACAGCAUAGGCACGUCAUUUGAAUACGCGUACCUCGGAGAUUUUGCGUCCGGUAACUAAUUGUGUGUGGCUAUAAUGUACCGAUCAAUUCGAAGCUUCAACAUCCCCUCGGGCAACCCCCCCGGCAUUUGACCUUGGAAAGGUUGAUUUGUUAAAACCCCGCCCACGGGGCAAAGACUGUUCUCAAAUGCCCCAACAAAUUUUUUUGUUAAAGGAAAAAUUAGCAACUGUGACUUUCUACACAUUGACUAAGCUUUGAAACCUAAACCUCGUAAAACUUUCUUUCUGAGCCAUUGGCUCGCGAAAGUAAACUAUUUAUUUUUUAGACACCUCCGUAUUUAACAAUAUAACACUAGUGUUUCUCUGUAAAGACUUGUCGAAUGCCUGUAGGUUACCCGGGGGAGGGGGAUGUUGAAGCUUCGAACUGAACGGUGAAUAAUACGUUUGAGUGUAAGGUAACGAUGAGCAAAAGGAAAAUAAGAUACAAUUAGCAUAGUUUCUUUCUUAAAAGGGUUGUGCAUUAGGCGACAAGAGCACCGUCAAACUCUCAAGAAUUUGCUUAAAAAAUCAUUUUUACGGCAAAUUCAUUUUGUGUGAAUGGGUACCAUCAUUUUUGUGAUAUUUCAUUUUCUGCUCUCUCUCUGUUUAAAACAGAGAAGACACAUGUGUAACAUAACUUUGUGUGAACGCCGUCUGUUUUCCAGGUGAAAUUAUCAGUCUAUCAAGCUGGUCAAAAAAAUUGCUUUCAUUUCAAUUUCUUCCAAGUUCAUUCAUCUCUGUCUGUCAGAGAGAAAAACACCUGAUUAAAAACUGUUCCAAAACAAUGCUCUUAUUUUCUAGAGUCUCGACUUCUUGAUUCCACUUGCCAUUAUGAUAAUUACUUCAAAACAAAAACCUUUUUACUUACAAGGUUUGCAGUGCUUUUUUUCCCUUGUAAAAAUUUGUCGAAUUUCAUGUGUAUGUUUUCUCAUAAUGAAAAUUUAUUAUUUCUAUAACAUUUCCACUUACUAAAGAAUUCUGUAUGUUUAUUUGUUGGUGCAUCUUCGCUUUGGCAAUUGCAUGAUGGCACUUUUAAUUGGAAUGAACGCCGUCACUUUAUUUGGAAACAUUUACAUUUAGUGGAGAUUGAAAUUUUCAAUUCAAAUUCUAAUCGCUAAGACCAGAUCCAAUAUUUGAAAGAACAGUGUAUACAUCUGAAAACAUUGAAUACAUUGGUUUUAAGGCAACAUUUUUCAGUACCAAAGAAAAUUGUUUUGUCGAAACCCAGAGAGGAAUGAAAAUCUUCAUGAAGCCAGGAGAGCGGGUGUGUAUAUCGUACAGAGUGAAAAGUAAUUUAUAAGUUCUAAAUUGCCCUAAAUAUAUUUCAGCAUGAAUAGAUUGUAUAUAUUAUAUGUGUAAUAUAGUGCGUUUCGA